AUGGUUUCAAACAAUGCUGUUCCGAUGAAGUUAGAAAGUUCUGACAGAAGAUAUGUAGUUGUCAGAACGUCAGAUUCUCAUAUGCAAGAUACAGAAUAUUUUGACGACUUAGCAGAAACUUUGACAUCUGACUUUUACAACCACUUGUUCUCAUAUUUCAUGACAUUAGAUAUUUCUAAGUUCAAUCCAAGACAAAUUCCACAUACCGAAGAGAGACAAACAUUGUUAGAAGCAAACAAGAGUGUAUAUGAACUGUUCAUAGAUGAAACUGACUUUGAGUGUUUAGAUGAAAGGUCAUUGUACGAUUCGUAUAAACAAUAUUGUCAAGAAUAUGGUUAUAUGACAGCUUCUAAACGAACAUUCUUGGCAAAUGUCAAAAGUCUUUUAGAUGUUCAGAAUGGUGUAUAUACAAAGAAAAAUUUUUCUGAGUAA